AAUUCUGACUUGUGUAGAAGACACAUGGGGCCGCCAUGUCCUCCACCUCUCACCAAAUCUCAUUACACGGAUUCAAAGACAUAUAUAUGUAUGAGCGAUUAUGACUGAACUUCCUCUGACGGACGGCCCUACAGGACUCAAAUUUGGUCUGAAAGCGAUUCCUUGCUUGAGGACAGUCUCUCUAUCCAUAAUAGUGGGCGGAGGCGACGACGCCGACGACGAGGACUAGCAGGAAGCUUCAUCAACGUCGGACGUACGCGUUCGACGACGUCCAUAACACAGUCUGGACGCGCGUCCUAGUUAUAACUGGCCUCCAGACAACAACAGCAUGUUGCACACGUUGAAGCCUAUUCCACACACAUAAAUCUGAGUCUCCUGUCCUCUGAUAUAUGAUUUUUUCUGGCUCUCUGCAAGUCUUCACCAAAGAGUGCGGCUGUGUUUGACAUUUCUGACGCUGACCGCCUAAUCAGCGUAGGUAAGCACCGGCGUACGGCGUUUGUUUAUGCCAAAAUAAAUCUAGUCCAAACAGGAGGGGGUGGAAGAGAAAGAGAAGGUCGAGGCCAUUGUCUAGGCAUCUAGCUAGCUGCCUCUCUCCCUAUAUAUACAAGGCCAUGCCAAGGCUGGUAAAGGGCUAGAGAAGAAAGGGUUGGAAGGCUACGGAAGCUAACUGGAGAGAGAGGAGGAGGAGAGAGACCUUUGCCUUGCUCUAAGGAGAGCUAGCUUGUCUUCUGUGAAAGGAGAUCGAGAUGAUCAAGGGAGACCAGCGGCAGCUUGGAGGUCAUGAAGAGCGGCUGAAAGAUCAGAUGAGAGAUGAUCAUCGGGCCUCUGAUGGCAAUUUUUUCAAGUUCUUGCAAAACCAGUCAAGCACAAAAAAAGAGGCUCAAGAAGACAAGAUUGCGUCCACAAGGGCAGAAAUGGGCGAAGUCAGAAAAGAGAACGAGAGGCUGAAGAUUAUGCUAUCACGGAUGGUGGAGGACCAUCGCUCGCUUCAGAAGCAAUUCGACGUUCUCCACCAUCAAGGGCGAGGCAAGGACAUCGCCGUUGGCUCACCGGAGCAUACAUCAGCAGUCGACGGCCCCGGGUUCGUCUCUUUGCACCUUGGAACGAGCGCCGGCAUGAGCAGGCAGAACAUGGGAGAAGAGAUCAAGGGCAGCACUAAUAAUCCAGAUGACAAGGGCAUCUUUCUUGGACUUUCAUCAGCCUGCGGAGCUGUUGGUGCAAGAACUGAUGGAAGUGAGACGAAGGUGCGGCCAGAUGUGGUGACGUUGAGCCCCGGAGGCAGCUCCAAGGAGGAGGCCGCGGAGACGACAACGUCAGCCACAGCAAGCAAGAUGGCAAAGAACCCGAGAAGCACCGGCAGCGGCGCGGUGACAGAGGAGGUGGCCCAGCAGCCACUGGCCAAGAAGGCCAGGGUGUCGGUGAGGGCAAGGUGUGACACACCAACGAUGAACGAUGGGUGCCAGUGGAGGAAGUACGGGCAGAAGAUAUCCAAGGGGAACCCAUGUCCACGCGCCUACUACCGCUGCACCGUCGAAACAGGGUGCCCCGUCAGAAAACAGGUGCAAAGAUGCGCGGAGGACAUGUCGAUCCUGAUCAGCACCUACGAGGGCGCGCACAACCACCCGUUGUCCGCCUCCGCCACCGCCAUGGCAUCCACCACCUCAGCCGCGGCAUCCAUGCUCGUGUCGGGCUCUUCCACCUCGCUCGGCUUCCCCUCUGCCGCCUCCAGCCUCCACGGCCUUAGGUUCGGCAUCCCGGGGGUGGCCAGUAGCACCUCCACUAACGAGCUGGGCGGCCGACCGUUCUUCCUCCCGGCCGCCGCCGGCGCGUCCAUCAGCGCCACCCCGUCGUACCCCACCAUCACCCUCGACCUCACCUCGCAGGCUGCCUCACAACAGGCCUUCUCCCUCAGCAACACCAACAGGUUCUCCUCCAGCUCCACCGGCUCUUACGGCCACAAUACCAGCGCUGGUAGGUACCCUUCCACGAGCUUCUCCUUCUCCGGCUCCGGCGCGAGCAGCCUACCUGGCGCCACCCCCUGGCCGGCCGGUGUUGGAUCGUACCUGAGCUACGGAUCCUCGCCCAGCGCACCCUACAACGGCGCCGGCAAGAGCUCAUUCGAGGCCGCGCUCAGCGGCAUCAAUGGAAGGCAACAAGGAUCGGCGGCAUUCCUCUACCAGCCGGUGCAGCAGAGGGCGGCUCCCGUGAGCGGCGGCAGCACGGCGCCGACCGUGCUCACCGACACGAUCGCCAAGGCGAUCACGUCGGACCCGGGCUUCCACACAGCGCUCGCGGCCGCCAUCACGUCGUAUGUUGGCAAGCCGGCUGCAGGAGGCAGCAAGGGGCUCGAGUGGGGUGAGCACCUCGGGCUGGGGCCGUCCAGUGCGGCAGCCGCGGCGUGCUCGUCGGCAGUGCUGGCACGAUCGUCAUCAACGGGGGCCGCACAGAGCAGUUCCCCAAACGGCAGGAUGACAUCGCAGGCGCUGUCGGGCUCCACGAGUGCUACUGCUUCGACAUUGUGAAAACAUGGAGCACAUUAAUUAGUUGGCUGAAGGUUCUGAGUUCUGUUUGUGGAUUGAUUUGAACAUUUUGUGUAGAUAUAUACUGACUAUAGAUUCAUCAUUCACAGCCUAAACACACGCCAAGAGUUUUUGUCUGCGACAAGUUAUUUGCAUGU